GUGAAGGAAGAGGAAGAGGAAGAAGGAUGGAAAAGGAGGAUGAGCAAAGCGAAGAUGGUGGAGCAAAGUGAAGAUGGUGUGUGGCUUCAUCUCCAUAGUAGUUGAACAGGAGGGAGCUAUGGUGAAGAAAGAGGAAGAGGAAGAAGGGUGGGAAAACAGGAUGAGCAAAGAGAGGAUGGAGGAGAGCAGGUGGAGGAGUGUGGAACUAAAGAAUGGAGAAGAGGAUGUGGUUGAGGGUGAUGAAGAGGAGAAGGGGUGAAGAUGAUGCAGAGGAGGAGGAAGAGGAGACAAAGGAAUUGGGUGCAGAGGAGAGAUGGUGGAUAUGGCGCGAAGGAUCGUUGAGAGGUGUGAAUAAAGAAGGAGAGGAGGAGGAAGACGAAGAGGAAGAGGAGGAGGAAGACGAAGAGGAAGAGGAGGAGGAGGAGGAGGAUGAGCAAAGAGGUAAAGGGAGUGAAGAUGGUGGAGACUCAGGAGAUGGAGGAGGGAGGGGUCACGGUGGAGAAGAAGAUGAGAGAGAGAGUGGCUUUGGAAAGAAAGAGGGGAGUUUAGAAAAUGGAGUACGCGACCAACUGGAAUAAACAAAACGCCUCGGCCCCCCUGUCUUUCUCGCGAAAAAAUAAAGGCCGCAGCUCGGGGUGAAACGAAGGGCAUCGCCACACUACUCUUGAAGUGCGCAAAAUGAGAAUGAACUUCCCGCUAGAACAUGGUCCGAUGCAUCCGCCACAUUAUUGUCAUUUCACAUUUUGAGAGUGGUGUGGCAAGGUCCGAAACCGCAGGUGAAACGACGAAUUUGAAUCAGGAAAAAUGCAAGAGCGGACAAAUUCAGAAAAGCAAAACCAAACCCCGAAAAGGAGUCACGCUCUGUCCUACUCGCCUCCACAAUCG